AUGCCUUAUUAUGUUUCUGAACAAUUAAUUUCUUUUGUUGAUGUAAAUGGAUAUGGAGGAUCUUCAAGUAUGUCUUUACACAGUUUAAACCAUAAUGAACAAAUAUUUCAAAAUAAUCAACAACUAAAUGAGCAAAGAAAUAGCGAAGAUUUAACUAAUAAUGAACAAACAAAUCAACAGAAUAUUCAAAUAUUUGGAAUGCGAGAAGGAAGAGGAGGACCCCCAGUACAAAGCAAACAUAUUGGAACACUUGAACAAAGUUUUGUAAUUAUUGAAUGUUACAAUUUAAAAGAAAAAUUAUCUUUUGACAAAAAGGAUAUGCAAUUAUUAUUUCAAAUGAAGCAAAUAGUUCAUGAUAAUAUAAACCCUUUUUUGGGUGUUUGUGUUGAUAGACCAAAUGAAUUAAUGGUUAUUUGGAGAUAUUGUUUUAGAGGAACUUUGGAGGAUUUACUCUUUCCUACUAAUAAUGAAGCAGCACCAGGUGCUCCAGGAGGUAUAGGUGCUAGUGUUGCUUCUUUAACUAGCGAAGAAGGUGUUACAAUUAGAACUAGAAGAAAUGAUUCUAUUGAUAUAAACUUUAAAAGUGCUUUUGUUAGGGAUAUUAUUAAAGUAUUUUUAAAAAGGAAAAAUUUAAAAAAAUUAAUUUCUAAGGGUCUGGAUUUUAUCCACAGCUCUUCUAUAGGCUAUCAUGGAGCGUUAACCUCUUCUCGGUGUUUAAUUGAUAGUCAUUGGAUUUUGAAAUUAUCUGGUUUUGGAACUUCCCGAAUGCUUUACAAAUGGCGUUUUAAUAAUACACUUAGUAAUGGUGAUAGACAAUUUAUUCAGCCAUUAAUUCCAAAUAAUGAAUUGCAUUAUUAUGCUCCUGAAUUCCGUACAGCUAUUAGAGCGGCUGUUUUAAGAAAUAAAGUGGAAGAUUUGGAAUUUUCAAAUUUGGAUGGCCAAACAUAUGAUAUGUAUGCAUUUGGUGCUAUUUUAUAUGAAAUUCUUUACAGAAGAAGAAUUGCUGAAACGGAGGAUUAUAGCGAAGGUUUUGUUGAAUUUAAUGGUAAUUAA